AUGUCAUGUUGGUACAUUUGCUGGCACUAUGCGAUGAUUCUGCAUAAGGAUGCGGUGGUGGACGAUGGGGAUGAGUGUAUAAAGCUGCGGUUCUAUACACCGAGACAGUGCAUCCAAUAA